CUCCACCUGAAGACCUACAAAGCAACAGCUCAGUCACUGCCACCAACACAAAAGAAGACAUGAUGUCGAUCAAAGCUCUAGUGUUUUGCCUCGCCAUUUGUCUACUGGCCUCAAACACAUCUGCUGGGUCUCAUUCAUGCUGCAGAAGAUACAUGAAGGGAAGACUACCAUUUAAAGUAAUCCGGGGAUACUCAGUCCAGAGUUUGAGAGAGAAUUGUCCUAUCAAUGCCAUCAUUUUCCACACAAAGAAUGGUGGAAAAGUGUGCACUAAUCCUGCUUUGAGCUGGGUGAUGGACUAUGUCAACAGUUUAAGGAACAAAGCACAAAAGGUUCAUAACGAUACCACACAGACGCAGGCGUAG